UUCAUUGGUGACUCCAUCGUGCGUAACCACGUCGAAUCUCUGCUUUGUAUGCUCUAUUCGGUCGAAGAACCGGUUGAAGUGUACCACGACAAGGAGUACAAAUCGAAAAGAUGGCAUUUCCCUAUACAUAACCUAACGAUAUCCAACGUCUGGUCGCCGUUUCUAGUCCAAGCCGCUAUUUUCGAAGAUUCAGACGGUGUCUCAACCGCUGCGGUCCAGCUACAUCUCGACAAACUCGAUGAGACAUGGACCAGUCUGAUGCCUACUCUAGACUACGCAAUCAUCUCAACCGGUAAAUGGUAUCUUAAAGCAGCGGUUUAUCACGAAAAUGCUAAACCGGUCGGUUGCCAUAUCUGUCCGGAGAAGUCUCGCUUGGAAGAGCUAGGCUUCGACCAUGCUUAUAACGCAUCGCUGCGUAACGUCAUGGACUUCUUAGCUGAUGAGACUAACCGUAAAGGUACGGUGUUUUUCAGGACUGCGACUCCAGACCAUUUCCAGAACGGGGAGUGGCAUAACGGUGGGACGUGUAAGCAGACCGAGCCGGUGAGUGAUGAGGAGGCUGAGAUGAAAAACGUGCAUAAGAUACUAAGAGGUUUAGAGAUUGGUCAGUUCGAAAGAGCGGUUAGAGAGAAGACGGGUGAGGAGGGUGGUGGUGGUAAUGUAAAGCUUUUGGAUUUCACCGGGAUGUUACUGACUCGACCCGAUGGUCAUCCGGGUGCGUACCGACAGUUCAGACCGUUUGAUAAAGACAAAAAUGCAAAGGUACAGAAUGAUUGUCUGCAUUGGUGCUUGCCUGGUCCGAUUGAUUACUUGAAUGAUGUUAUAUUAGAGACCAUAGCGAAUGGCUAAACCGGAGUAUUCAAGUUGUGAUUGCUGGUUUAUGACCAUUUGAUGAACCCUGGAAGAAGUGAGACCUGGUUCUCUGGAGAUAAAUAGACUAAUAAGAACAAAUCUGUUUGAAUUGAAAAAAGUGUAUGAUAUUUGGUUCUUGGGAGCUAGCAAAGCCGGUUUGGUAAAGGACUAAAAGUUUUUUUUUUGCCGGUUCUGUAAAACAUUUUUUUCUGUUGGUAUAAACCGAUAUUAUGUGUUAGAAUUUGA